AUGGGAUCUGAGUCGGGCUCGCAGUGUCGUCUUGAGCUGAUCAACCUACACGACAAGAAACAGUUCAAUGAACUGCACCGCCAACGUGUGAUGUGUGGCUGGGAUUCCGAUCCCGAGAUCCUCAACGGCUGGAGAAAUCGGGAAGUCUCCAAACGACUAUUCUGGAUUACAUACUUUGAUUCCGACAGUCAAAAAUAUAUCCAAGCUGGUCACAUAUCACUCGAUGCAUUCUCCAAGCUACUGGAGCCCGGAGUUCUUGAAGACGAUGAGGUCGAGCUGUCCAUCAAUUCAUUCUUCAUACUUCCGGAAUAUCGCCAUCUGGGUCUAGGCAAGCGCGCUGUUCAUCUCGUUGAGCAAGCCGCACUGACCAGGCCCUACGGAGACCCGCGCUGCCGAUUCAUUACACUCGUCGCGUUGAGCAAGAAUUAUAUCUACGACGAGGCGCGAGAAUGGCGAGGGAUCUGGGAAAGAUGUGGGGUUUCGGUGCCUUUGUUUAGCAUUGAAGAGUGGUAUGAGAAACUUGGGUACGUGAGCUGGAAAAUGGAGACUGUCUAUGAAGCAACAACAGUGGAUGGUGAAGUCAUCAAACUGUGGGAGGCUUUUAUGAAAAAGGAUAUGCGUUCAGAUUGUAUUACGGGGUCUACUCAAGAGAGAUUGGAGGGAGGCUGA